GGAGGAGGAUGCCCACUGUCUCUGUUCAGGGUUGGCUGUCCUCAGCCCGUGUUUCCUUCGAACCAGCAUCUGCUGCUUGCCCAUGUCUGUUUCACAAUAUAGAGAUGCGCAGAACCGCCCAUCCUUCGAGGAGGCUGCAUGUUGCAUCUCUGCAGGAGUUGCUGUGCUAGGCUUUGCCUUCCUUUCCUCCUUCCAAUCCUUUGGCGGGCAUGGAACUGACUUUUUGUAGAAACCAAGCAACCACACCCUUCUUUUCUUGGACAGCCUGAUAUGCCUUUUGACUCUGUCAGAUUCUAGCCACCCUGGGACUUUUUCCACUUGAAGAUAUUAUGGAUCAUGAGGCCCCAACUAUCAGGCCUCGUCGGAUCCAAAACCAGAAUGUCAUCUACCGUCUAGAACGUCGAAGGAUCACCUCUGGCAAGACUGGCACCCACUGGCACCAGGUCCGCAUCUUCCACCAAAAUGUCUUCCCCAAUUUUACUGUGGUCAAUGUUGAAAAACCACCCUGCUUCUUGCGGAAGUUCUCCCCUGAUGGAAGAUACUUCAUUGCUUUCUCCUCAGAUCAGACUUCACUGGAGAUCUAUGAGUAUCAAGGGUGUCAGGCAGCAGAGGACCUCCUCCAGGGCUACGAUGGGGAGAUCUUGGCUAACGGCAAUGACCAGCGGUCCAUCAACAUCCGUGGGCGACUCUUUGAACGUUUCUUUGUUCUCCUUCACAUUACCAACGUGGCCUCUAAUGGCGAACACUUGAACCGUGAAUGUAGCUUGUUCACAGACGAUUGUCGCUAUGUCAUUGUUGGCUCUGCUGCCUAUUUGCCUGAGGAGCCCCACCCUCCCUUUUUUGAGGUUUACCGCAACAGUGAAUCAGUGACACCUAACCCCAGAUCACCUUUGGAAGAUUACUCUUUGCACAUCAUAGACCUUCACACAGGCAGGCUUUGCGAUACCAGGACGUUCAAAUGUGAUAAAGUCAUAUUGUCCCACAACCAAGGGCUCUACCUAUAUAAAAAUAUCCUGGCCAUUCUGUCUGUACAGCAGCAAACCAUCCAUGUAUUUCAGGUAACACCUGAGGGCACCUUUAUUGAUGUACGAACCAUAGGCCGCUUUUGCUAUGAAGAUGACCUCCUCACACUCUCUGCUGUCUAUCCAGAAGUUCAGCGGGAUUCUCAGACAGGCAUGGCAAACCCAUACAAAGAACCGUUCAUAAAUUCUCUGAAGCACAGGCUGCUGGUCUAUUUGUGGCGAAGGGCAGAGCAGGAUGGGAGUGCUAUAGCUAAAAGGAGGUUCUUCCAGUAUUUUGACCAGCUGAGGCAGCUGCGCAUGUGGAAGAUGCAGCUCUUGGAUGAGAACCAUCUCUUCAUCAAAUACACAAGUGAAGACGUCGUCACGUUACGGGUGACAGACCCUUCACAGCCUUCGUUCUUUGUUGUGUACAACAUGGUGACCACCGAGGUGAUUGCUGUAUUUGAGAACACGUCGGACGAGCUGCUAGAACUCUUCGAGAACUUCUGCGACCUGUUCCGGAAUGCCACACUGCACAGCGAGGCGGUCCAGUUCCCCUGCUCAGCCUCGAGCAACAAUUUCGCCAGGCAGAUCCAACGCCGAUUCAAGGACACCAUUGUGAAUGCAAAGUACGGUGGGCACACGGAAGCCGUGCGGCGGCUGCUGGGGCAGCUUCCCAUCAGCGCUCAGUCCUACAGUGGCAGCCCCUACCUCGACCUCUCCCUCUUCAGUUAUGACGACAAGUGGGUGUCUGUCAUGGAGCGCCCCAAGACGUGUGGGGACCACCCUAUCAGGUUCUAUGCCCGAGAUUCCGGGCUUCUAAAGUUUGAAAUCCAAGCGGGACUCCUGGGCCGGCCCAUCAAUCAUACCGUCCGACGUCUGGUUGCAUUCACCUUCCACCCUUUCGAGCCCUUUGCUAUUUCGGUGCAGCGGACUAAUGCAGAAUACGUGGUAAACUUCCAUAUGAGACACAGCUGCACAUAGCACGCUUUCCCCUUAUGGUCGCCAUGGGCACUGAGUGUACGCAUUUUGUCAGAGGCACACCAAAGCUGGACACUCAUGCUCUAGGAAACCAAACAUCUUUAGAGGAGUGAUGUGCAUCUUUGAUGCAUUGCCUGAGUGCGGAUGAAGUCAUCGUAAUUUUCCUCAUGUUUCUCAGACUUUCAGCCCUUCUGCCAUUCUCAAUAAGCAAACAGAUUAUAUUGUAAAUUACUUCUGCUCCAAUAAUGCCUCGCAUUGUUUUGUUUUUUAAAAAGAUUGACAUUGCUACGUGAGCAAAAUACAACAGUGGAACAAUUUCCUUUUAACACCAAAGAUUUUAAUCUUUCCUUCUCUCCCUCUUCCUGCACUGCAGUCUUGUAACAGUGGGAUCAGAGUUCAUCACUUCAGAGUAGAGGUGUAAAAUUUAUGGAAAUUUUAAAGGUCUGGAAAAAUGUCAUGUGUGUGUUGUUUUUCAGGGAGAGGGUGGCGUAAUUUUUGAGGACAUUUGAAAUAUAUGCAAUAUUUAUUUUCUUAACAAACUCAAAUGUAUUUUUACUGCUUUAACGACAUAAAAUGCAUAAUUUGUAACUUGGCACACAAAAUUAUAUCACGUGGCGUAUUUAUGAAAAUGAUAGGACAAACCUGUGCAUAUUUACUCAGAAGUAUGUGUCCCACUCUUUAGUGAUGCUAACUCCCAGGUAAGCAAAGCAUAGGAUUGCAGACUCAAAAGUAAAAAAAAUGCCUUAGUUUUGUGCAAGCAAAGUUGCAGAUAUACCCAAUUCUAGAGAGAGAUGCAAACUGCUGUACUUUAUGCACACGUAUCUUACUUUUUUGCCAUCUGAGAAGUAGGGGGGGGGGAAUAAAAGUUGAAAAUAGGAACCACAAAUUUUGUAGUAAAGUAAACAAAAUAAAGGUCCUCUCAUGAAGAUAGCAGCACCCUCUAGGUGCAGAAAUGCUUCUGGAUUUGAGUGUUGUCAUUUAUCACUACAGUAUAUGUUAGGUUUGGACUAUAACUCCCAUCAACCCUGACGAUUGCCAAUGCCAGCUAGGGGUGCUGAGAGUCUGAAGGCCCACAAAUUUCCCAUCCCUGCUGUAGGUUGGCUUACACAUAAAUAUUUAAAACCUUGCCUUAAAAAGCAUUUCAUUAUUAUU